UUUUUUAGAAAAGUAAUCAAUUUUCAAUGUUUUUCAUAUACCUGGUUCGCCGUGGCCCCCCCUCCCGUCUUCCUAAGGUUAAAGGUGUUACUUUGAAGCGUCGAAGUCGAGGGGGGUGAGAAACGUGAAAACACAUUUACCUUGUCGCAGACGUACCAUCGAUGAUUCGAACAGCAGCAAGGAACAUAAUCAAAAAUCCAGGCAUCGACUUGCCAUGGACAUCGCGUGAUCCGUACGAAGAUGAAAAAGAGAAGCAGAGAAGACUCAUGGCAGGCCGAUCGCAUUAUUCAGAUUAGGGCAUCGACUGAGCCACGCGGGUAUGCGAGUACACGAGUUUCUUUGUAUGAGUAUGAAGUGACGGCGCGUCCCGUCUCAUACCGUAGCGGGUCCCGGCGCCCUGGCGUCCGAGCAGAAAAAGGCCCAAUAAGACUGAUAGAAGUGAAAAACCAAGAGAUUCACCCGUGGCCGUGUCGGAGGAAGGAAAGAGAGAUGCUCCUUUAAAUCCCAUCAUAAACACACAUAGCCAGGGGCUCUCAACAUUCUUGAAAAAUUCAAAGCAAGAUCCAAUUAACACGUUCAAUUAAUGGGAACGAGCAGAAUCAUUCUUGUCGGCGUUGGCGGGGAGUAACGCAUAGAAAUCAGUCAGAGAAAAUACGACGUAUACCCAUAAAAUAUUUGCUUUCGCUUCAAUGAUCCACGAAGCGAACGUCCGAUCAUCGAGAGUCUACGCGAAGAAGUCCUUGUUUCAGGAAACUUCGAAAAGGAGAAAUAAAAUGAGGGUAAAAAGGAAACAUUGAACUUGGUAGCCGCGACGAACGUAAUAACUUGCGAAGAAUAACGGGGACGCUGUCGCAUGAAUUGACAACGCGUUAACUCUACCUGAGAUAAUUGCAUCGUGCCAGGAGGAGCGUGAAUCGUGUCAAACAUCGUGUAAGAGCUGUGUACCGAGGCAUGCGUAUCGACGCGACACCCACCUAAAUCAUCAGCCUCUUUCUUCGUGCUCGUACACGGUACCCACAGCCGUAUGGACCAGUAAGCACGGUAAAUAAAACGACGAUGGCAACUAGAACGACGACACGAGGAUGGAAAACAUCAAAUCAACAUUCCAACAGCGUUUUUGAUGGUUCGUCCACUACAAAGUCCAUCUCGACGGCGAAAACAAUUAGAAUAAUCGCAAUAAUCACAACAAUGAAAAUGAUGACAGAUACCAGAGGAGACUGAUCAUUGGUUCGAUAGAAUCAACAUUCCAGUAGCAUUCUCAACCGUUCGCCCACCUCGAAAUUCAUUCUCUACGUCCCCUCUCUUCAGAUACCUACAGCGGAUAGUCUCGUUCCAAAGUGUGAACCAAAGAAAAGGGUGACCGAUGAUCCGGUGCUAAGAGAGAGGGUCGAGUGGAAAAAAAGAAAGAUGUCUGAUAAUAAUAGAGAAGUGGUGUAAGAUCAGCAGUCCAUCAAAAUAAUGCGUCGCAAUGAAACGGUACCUCGUUUGUACAUCGUUCCAACAACUACGAAGACACGUGACGGCACGUGAUACGGGAUUGGUGAUUUAACAAACGGGGUGCAUCUGGGAUAAUUGACAGUAUCGAUAUUCAUGGAACGAUAAACGCGUGGGUUACUCGAAACUUACCCGAUAUUACGCAUUUUCUCCCGCCUUUGAUUGUUAAAUAAUCAUCAAGAUACAGUACGAUGCGACUUUGCUUUCAAGGUAUCAGUCGUUUACGAGAUCCGAGUGUCGGUCACAUACGUGUCUAUUAGCUGCUGCAACUGAGGAAGGGGAAAUGGAAGAGACAGAGAGAGGGAGUGAGAUAAACUAGCAGAAGUGUCGGAGAGAGGGUAAGGAAAAGAGUGAAAAAGAAAGAGAGGGACCUACCAGCGAAUUAUCUGGUAUUUUCUUUCAGCCUGCGGACCCCGGAGCGACUAAGCAAAGGUCAAAAGUUGAGCAAUGCUCUUCUUAUCGGUGCAAACACCGCCUUCGCGUAUGCAGUGCGCCGGCACCGAACGAUUGAUGGACUUAUUCCUGUGUUGCGUGAAAACGUUCACGCUAGUCGCGUAUGGCGCCUUUGUCGAGAAGAAUAUCUUCCACUGCGACCUAAACGAUCCGCUGUCAGUGGUGGACGAAUUCGUACGUACAAGAAAAAACGAUCGAGUUUAAGUUAAGCUUGUGGAUCGUUUUAAACGAUCCAUCAUAACUCACAGACGAGCCACGUUAUCUCGUGUACCCCUACUCGGAGAUGCGACGAUCGUCAGGAGCCGGGCGAUCAAAAGAAGGGAGCAAACGCGGAUUCGUUUCACGCGGCAAGCUGAAACGGGCUACUGGUCCCAGCGAAACGAACGGACCAAACGUGAUAAUUAAAUCGACGCUGACCGACAAACAAGAAACGAACCAGAGGGAAGCGAGAAACGGGCAAAAGAAAAGAUACUCCGGUACGGACCGGAGGCACACAUAAUGUACGAGUCCCAAGAAAAGUUGAAGUCCGUGCCGGAGGCGCGGCGCCGCGCCACCGCACGACUAUAAGUAAGUCUCGCGCGGCGCGCCGCGGCUUAAUGCCGUUGCCGCGUUCGUGGCGCCAAGAGGAGGGCCCAUUGGCGACGAUAAGCCUCCUUCGUGUCCGGCACGAACGAGAAAAAGAAACAGAGAAAAACGGAGAUAGAUACACAGCAGCCAGCUUUCACCCGCGUUUCAGCCAGUGAAUAUACUUACAUAUAUAUAUAUAUAUAUAUAUGUAUAUAUACAUAUACCCCGGCGGGGUGUGGAUCGCGACAGUAUAGAUAAUACGUAGCUGUCAGUCGUACUCGGACCAGUGUCAGUCUAGAGUUUGCGUCGACGAACACAGUGUGACCGAGUAUCGUUUGCAACACUCUUACUAGCAGCUACCAGUAACGGACCGUUUCAACCCUUACCUCUUAUCUCUUAACGUUUGACAUUGAUUGCAUUCGCAUGGCGAUGCUUAUGAUUCUUUAAAAAAAAGAAGAGAGUUGUUGGACUAUCCGGGUGAAAGGUUUCCACUCCUCUGGGACGUAUCUUGUAUACCUAUCAGUGAAAAAGAUUUUGAUCAUCGAGUGAUUAUUGCCUAUCGUGUUUUGUGACUUAAGAGAGGAACGGCUGAGUGGUAAGCGUGAGUGGUGGGAUAGAAGGGGUUGGUUGGUAUCGAGGGGGUGCGCAUGGUCCGUGCGGACCGUGGAAAGAUCACCUCCGUUGAAGAGCGCGGAUCUUUCUAUUGGGCCGUUUGGAUGGUGAUUAGCAGGAUCGCGUUCUAACGUGUCGUAGAACGAUGUCGGGGCUGCUUUACACGCUACUCGGCUUGGCGGCCAGCACCAGCCUUCAUUGCGCUGUUCGACGUGAGAUAAGCCCGUGCACCUGCCGGCAGGAGGAGUUCUCCACUUCCGUGAUCAACCCGGCACAAACGGCUGUCGCGGUAGCGACCGCCGUCGUGAAUACCGGGAACAAUGCCGGCCACCACGGACACGGGGAACGAAUCGAGGUCGUGUGCGAACGGAUGGAUUCGUUCGAGCAAGUGGCAGGUGCGUUAAGGGGUAAAUUCACCGCUGAACAACAGAUCACAUUGCGGGUCUCCCAUUCGAAUCUGCGUGACAUAUCACGGCACGACUUUAAAGAGCUACGGAUGUCCAUCACCAGGCUCGAACUGAAUCACGAUCAUCUAGGGUUCGUAGACGGUGAAGUUUUCGCGGGGUUGGGAAGAACGCAAUAUCUUAGUCUCGCGGAUAACGAGGUACCAUCCAUACCGAGGCAUAUUCUCUCGCAUCUGUCCCUGUUGAGAACCCUAGAUCUCAGCAGAAAUCGGAUAAGCCGUAUAGACUCGGAUGACUUUAAGUACAACCCGACGUUGCAGCAUCUGUCGAUGGCCGGAAAUGCGAUUUCCGAAAUGGUACCUGGCUCGUUACCGCCGUUGGUGAAGCACCUUCACGUCGGCCGCAAUCACUUGCAAAGCCUGAAUCGAACAUUACGGGAUCUGAAUCAGUUGGAGUGGUUGCUAAUUAACGCCAACGAGCUGACAUCCUUGGACGGUGAACUACCGUCCUCUGGGCACAACUUGAAAAUGCUCUAUGCCGUGGAUAAUAAAUUGACGCACCUGCCGGCGGAAUUUCGUUAUCUACACCGUUUGGAAACUUUGUUCCUGCAGCACAACAAGAUAAGAAGCCUGGAUGGCACGCUGCAAAAGGCGCGACGAUUGAAAUUUCUCGAACUUUCUUAUAACGACCUGCAGGAGCUGACAGAAGCAGAUUUCGUAGAAGCGGAGAUGUUGGAGGACCUCGAACUUGGACACAAUUCUUUGAAAUCGUUGGGCGGUUCGAACGGCGGUAACGGCGACGGAAGCGGAGGGAACAGCGUCCUUUAUCCUCUCAGAUCUCUGAAAUGCUUGAACUUGACGCACAACGAGCUUCGAGAGUUCUCUUUCGCGUCGCUGCGCGGUUUGCGCGAACUGAGAUUGCUCGAUCUUUCGAAUAACAGAAUCGGUCAGCUUCACAGAGGAAGGACACCGUCCGAGAAUCUAGUGGAAGAAGAAGGGGAGGAAACGGCAGGUGGUAACAUUCAGGAUAUGCGGCUUCAGCACAACGAGCUACGAAGUUUAGACGGUUCGCUGUUUCUCGGAAUGAAAGAAUUGCAGAGGCUGAAUCUCAGUCACAACGCGCUCGGUCCAACGAUUGGACCCCGCGAUUUGCGAGGUCUCGAUGGUCUCAAAGUCCUCGAUCUCUCUCACAAUGAGCUCACCACUCUCGAAGACACGUCGGAGACGUGGCUUCCAUCCCUGGAAGAGUUAAACGCAUCGCACAACCGUCUGGUGACACUGUCCGAAAGGGACUUUCGUGGUUUCCCGGUUCUCUGCUGGGCGGACGUCAGCGCAAAUCGGAUACGGACCCUCAUGCCGGAACUCGUUGCGAACACGCGUUGUACUGUUCACGGAGUGCCGGACGUGCUUCGUAUAUACCUCCAAGAUAAUCCAGUGUUGUGCGAUCCCGGACUCGCGGAUCUGACGGUAGCUCUCGAAGUAAAUCACGCAAAGGUCUACGGAGUGGUGAACAAUUGUCCUACAACCCCCGCGACGCCUACCGAACAGACGUCGCCUCUUCCGCCGUUACCGCCGACGCUGUUGUUGGCAGCCGCGGCGGCCGCAUCCGGCGGGAACGUUUCCUUCGCCGCGACCCUCGAGUAGUCGGCCGGCAGUCGAGGAGGAUCGUGAGGCGCGAUCGAUUCAUGGGAAAAGAAAAAAAUGUUGGAAAAUCGAAGGAACGGGAAGACGAACCACGGGGAAAUAUGAGAAUGAUUCGAUUGGUGAUCCAACCAGUCUACGGUGUUCUCUACACGUGAGAAACGAUCACGGUUCGAGCAUCGGUUCCGUUGGGUCGAUCAAAGUAGACCGGAAGUGUGUGCAGCACUCGGGGCCGGUGUAAGAUCUUGGUGGCAAACCUCGCUUCAACUUCGACACGGGCGUUUUAGUUCGUUUCAAUCUAAACCGCUUGCGUGAAUUCUUGGAAACAUUCGCGACAAAAAUCUUAACGAAAGAAAGAAAAAAGAAAAAAAAAAACAUGAACGUUGUAUAAUAAUAGGAUAACGUGGAUCUACACGUACACCAUCGCGCAUACAUACAUACGCAAUACCGCUCGCUCAUUAACAUCCAUCGAACAUCGACGAGAAUUUCACGCGCAACUAAUCCGUCAAUCGGACAGCAGCUGACCAUUUGCGAUUAGACGUCGGUCUUUAAUCGAUAAUUAUGUAGUAAUAGAUUAAAUAAGUAAUGCGAGAUUGAUAUUUAUUUAUCGAGCUUCGAGAUCACGUAUCGUGAGAGUAUGGUUCUUUCCAUCGCGAGGAACGAUACGACGCGGAAGGAGUGAUAAAGGACUGAAAAAAAAAAAUACAAUUCGCGUCUAAAAAAAAAAAGGGGGCGUUACUCGCGCGAAAAUAAAUUUAUUAAAAAGUUUCUGUUUUACGAUAGGCGACAUCGUUACGCUGUAAAUAGUCAUUAAUCCCGCUAAUUCUUUAACGCCAUAUGCCCUGUUCACGUUUACGUCCCUUUCGUUUUUUUUUUUUUGUUUUUUUUUUAGUUUGUCCUCUCGCAUGUAUCAUUCGGAACUUCCGUCUAAUCUUUUCUGUUAGCGUCCUUUGAAAUAGUUUUUAUAGCAACAUAGCAGAGACGAAAGGAUAGUCGGGGUAUUCGAAAUCGAUUAACAUUCGCCUUUAAUCUAACUCGAAGUCUACGGUUAAUCAUUCGUGCUUCAAAGUAUUAUUUGUAACGCUUAGGCGGUGUAUUGUUUAUUGUUCGUUGAUUUAUCGUGUUCGAGUAUCAAAUGAUAUCACCCCGAAAUCUAGCGUGCAAUAAUGAUCAUGUAUAGUUAAGAUGAUACGUAAAAGCCUUUGUUUAAAUAUGUUAAAUGAUAUUCGGAAUUUCGUUUCAGAUCGAGGAUGAAAAAGUUGAAAUUGAAUGCUUAAGUCGUUCGUUAGGUAUCGUUAAUACGUUGAACGCAACAGUGAAAUUGAGCAAUUUUUGUGGAGCGUAUUAAAGCUCUAAUUACUAAGAAUAGUAAUAAUUAAUUUUCAAAUUUCAAACUUUCUGUUUGCCAUUUCACAUUAUUUGUAUCAUAGCAAUAUUAAUGUUUAUAUUAAUUCGUGAAGCUUAGCGAUAUUGAUGUUAAAAUAAUGUUUUUCUAUUGUUUUCUUUUAAUUAUUCAGGCGUGUGUAAGUUGCGGGGCCGGUCACCGGUGACCCCCAUGGCGUUCAACGCGUUAAUUGUAUCAAAAGCGACGAAUAAGGACAAUACAUGUUAGUAAAACCAUCGAAUGCCAUCGUCGACAUUUCGAUCUUUAAUUAAAUUCCUGAAUGAUUGAGUAAACGAACGAUCGGCCGGGUCAAUAGUGUAAGUGAAAUCUGUUAACUUACAUUGUGUACGCGAUACGAGCUGAUUGGCAGUGGGCGAUCAAUUGACCCUCUCGUUAACUUGUGCCAAUAGGGAUGAAUUGUUAUCAACGUGCUUCUACGCAUACAUAAUCAAUUGGCCCUUUUUCAUGUACGAGUAAGGUUCGCAAAUAUUUUCGUACGUAGCCGCGUUAAUAUUCUGAAUUAAUGUACCGCGAAUAGAGAGCUCGCUAAGACGUGUAAAAUCCAGUGAGAAAGUUUUAUCGUCAUGUUAGAAUGAUAAUCAGCAACAAUUUUGAUAUAAUUUACCGAAUCGACACGUAAUUGUAUUUUUAAAUAAAUAAUCAACGAAAAGCUACAUUUUCAAAAUUUUUCUUUCAACGCAUACAUAAUAAACCGUUAGCAAUAAUAAAUUAAAACUCUGUUCGUACCAUUAACUUAUACAUUAACUUAUCUUUCUAUGAACAGUUGUUGAUACCGACUGCUAGCUUCGUUAGCUAGGACUAACCAUCGACGUAAUUUACCGCUAUAAGUUUUUAAAUAAAUGAAUUAUAAACGUUUUGCAAGGAAUAAAAUGAAAUUGAUCAAA